UGUUAACGCGUGGAUUAGACUUUGGAAUCAACCUUUUUAAUAAAAAUAUAUGUAAGAUAAGAACCUCUUUGUAUGCUCUCCUCUCUAUUAGCUGGCCUGCACAACUAUACAAAAAUACAUAUAUUCUUUUCUAAUUAAACAAUAAUAUUAGGAUACUAAAUCUUUAUAUAGACGAUGGCUUUUUUGUCUGCUUAAACCUUUUCCCUCUUUUGAUGAAGACUCAUUCAAUCAUGUAAAGGGACAAGCCUUCAUAUGAUUUCAACACAUAUUGCACACUCCCUCAUAUAUAUAUAAUAAAUAAAUAAAUAAUAAUAAGACAUAAUAACGUAUGUAUAUCUCAUCUCGUGAAAGGAAAUGAUCGAUACAUCUUAUCUCACAUUUGUAAUUUUGUAUAUAUAUAUAGAGUACUAAACCAAACACCAGCAGCCACCUUUGAAAAGACCAUCUAACAAACUACCUCAUACUAUAAAACCAGGUGAUUUAGCCAGAUAUAUAAAUAUAUAUAUCUAAUAAAUCUUAAUUAAUCAUGUCAUAUUCAUAUUCGACUGCUUCUCUAUCUUCUUUCUUAAGUACUGCUCCAAUGUUGAAAUAUUCAUCUAAUAAGAAACGCAUCCAAUCUGUUAAUAUUAAAGCUCAAAGCUACAGAGAUCAUCAUCAUCAUCAUCAUCAUCGUGAAGAACCAUCAUCAUCAUCAUCAAGAUCAAGAAAUAAUGAUAUUGUGGAUGCAAAUUUAAGCAUUCUAGGAGCGAGAAUAGAAGAAAUUAAAGUGAAAGAAAAACUAGAGAGAUGUUGUUCAUCAAGUGAUAAGUAUUACGGAUGGAAUAAUAAUAAUAAUAAUUAUGAGGUAGGCAGCAAUGGAAAUGGUAAUUACAGAAAGAGAUCAGGUCAUGAGGCGCCGUUAAAGCAGUUGCUUGAAUUGGCUACAAUCGUUGGAGGUACUCUUGGAUUCACCUUCUUCACUGCCUCACUAUUUCUCUGCCUUGUCUCCCUUUUUGUUCAUAUCAAUCAAUUAGGUCUUUCAAUAAAUUAUUGGUGAUGACGAUAGAGUAAUAGUAUAUACAAAUAAUUUUUUAUUUUUUAUUUUUUGUUUUUGGAUUGAAAAUAUAUCUGUAACUCAUAAUUAUUAGUAACAAUAUUCGUUUAUUACUUCAUGUAUAGUACUUUCCAUCCUGAAUUGCAAGUAACAAUAUUCAUUUUA